UUUUGUUUAUUUUUUUAUUUUCACUUCAAUAUUCAAUCAAGCAAUUAAAUUAUUUUAAGUUUCUCGUUAAUUAAAAUAAAAUACACCUGUUGGACAUCGAAUUUAAAUACUUCUCUUUUUUAGAAUAUGGCUGCUAUUCGAAAAAAACUCGUCAUCGUCGGCGAUGGUGCCUGUGGAAAAACUUGUCUGUUAAUUGUGUUUUCCAAAGAUCAAUUCCCAGAAGUUUAUGUACCCACCGUGUUUGAGAACUAUGUAGCUGAUAUAGAAGUCGAUGGCAAACAAGUAGAACUAGCACUAUGGGAUACAGCGGGUCAAGAAGAUUAUGAUAGACUAAGACCAUUGUCCUAUCCUGACACGGAUGUUAUCCUCAUGUGUUUCUCUAUAGAUUCACCAGAUUCAUUAGAGAAUAUCCCAGAGAAAUGGACUCCGGAAGUGAAACAUUUCUGUCCAAAUGUGCCGAUUAUAUUGGUUGGUAACAAAAAAGACUUGCGUAAUGAUCCAAAUACAAUUCGUGAGUUGAACAAGAUGAAACAAGAGCCCGUGAGGCCAGAAGAGGGGCGAGCAAUGGCCGAAAAGAUCAAUGCAUUUGCUUAUUUGGAAUGUUCAGCUAAAAGUAAGGAGGGUGUCCGUGAAGUAUUUGAAACUUCGACCAGAGCAGCUUUACAGGUUAAAAAGAAAAAGAAGGGGCGAUGUCGUCUGCUUUAAAUUAAUAGAAAUCAUUCAUAAAAAUUAAUAACACAAAUUGCCAUGGUUUUAUUUUUAAUUUAAGUUCUAUUCUCGCAUUUCAGUCUUCCGAGUUUUAGCCAAGUAUAUAUUUCAAUGAAAUCUUUUUUUUUUAUAUAGAAAAAGAAUAAGGUUACUUAAUUGUCAAUUUCAAUUCUCAUCUAUAAAUAUUGUUUUUCUUCUUGUUAAAAUAUUUAUAUUUAUAUAUAUAUAUAUAUUUUUUUUUACAGCUCCUCUGACCUAUAAUAUACUAUUAACAUUACACCCUAGGACUGCGCUAACCUUUAAUGGUUGCCAAAAUUAAACACCAAAUAUUAAUUUUUGAAAUGAAUCGAAAUGAAAUAUUAAUCUUACAAUCAGUAAUCAUAUUAUCUUUUAUAGGAAUUAAAUUUUUAGAAUUAGAUUAAAUUGAUCCACAAAAAAUGUAUUAGUAAUAUGAAUCACCGACCUUAGGUGUUCCCUUUUUUAAUCACAUCUUUAGUGUUUUWAUAUCCAUUGUACUAGUUUGGAAAAAGAAUUGAUUUUUUUAUAGGUAGGAUUAACCAUUAUAGUAUAGUUUUUCACAAUCAUUAACACUAAUGUGUGAAUACUGAAUAUAUCUUUGGUUAUCUUAAAAAUAGAAUUUUAGUAUUACCUAUUGUAUUUCAUCAGUACUUUUUUUUUGUACAUUAACUGCCUUUUUUAUGUGAACUAAAAAUAUAUAUUUCUUUAUAUUAAUACAUAUCAAAAAAAGCUUAAGAAAAUGUAGUUCAGUAGACAGUAGUUAUAAUUACCGUGCUUCUUAAGAAUUACUUUAGUUUAUUUCAUACAUUUCAAAAUAUGUCAGAUAAUAAAUAUUAUAUUAAAAUAAUCAGUUAUGAUAUUGUCUAUUAUAACUGUUUUAGCAUUAUCUUGAAAUGUGGUAUUUACAAAAAUUAUUGAGUAAAUUAAUUUUCUUGAAUUGUUUAAAUUACAUUUUCAAUAGGGUUUUAAACGGCUACAUGAUGCACUGAGUUAGCAUUUAAAAUCAAUUAUUAAAAGCAAAAAUAUUUAUAGAGAUUUUUAGCAUUGCUUAAAAAUUUCACUUUUUAUCCUAAUUAUUACUUAGGAAAUGUGUAGAAUAUAUAUAGUUAGAAAUUUUUUGAUCAAAUUUAAUAAUAUUUGCAGUUAGAACUAUUGUAGUAAAUUCUAACAUUUUGUUUUUAGUCAUAUCUAUUAUUAGGAUGGCCAUUUAAUCAAUAAUUUUUUAUAGAUUAUUCCCAAAUUUUGAGUUUUUACAAUAUAAUAUUUAUUUUUAUACAGUUAUUCUAUAUUAUAAUGUAUUUKAGUUUUUGAAAAUAUUUAUGUUAGCAUUGUCAUAGACUUAUGGCUUGACAAUUAUAUUUAGCACAAACAUAACCAAUGGCGAUUUUAGCACAAUAUAUAUAUUUUUAAUUUUUUAUACAU